UACUUGUGUGCAUGUAUAUAUAUAGUUCUUUUGUUUUUUAAACUAUUUCACCCACUCCCUCCAUCACUAUUUCAUAUUACUAUUUCAUACUUUGAGUGUGUAUAUAAAGUUCAAGUUUUCAAUUUGGUUGAAUGAUCAUUAUGUGUGGGGAUUAGUUCUUUCUGACAGCCUUCAUUCAAAGUGAAGAACAUAUUGCAUAUAUCAUUGUUCUUCUUCUUUGUCAAUUUUUUGCUUGGCACAUAAGCAAAAUUCUAAGGCUUUUCCCCACUAAAGCACAUAUUGCAUAUAUCAUUGGUCUUGUUUUCUUGAAGCAACAUUUAUAUAUUCUUGCACAGAAUUCAUAUACUCACACAUUUAUAUAGCACCUUAUUAUAGGAAACUUUCUUGUCUACAAGAUCAUAAAUUUCAUUCUUGACACUCUAAAACUCUUUGUUAUUACCUCUUUCAUUGCGACAAUUCAUUCUGGUUCUAUCGACAAAUCACCUUCCUUAUGGACACGAUUUUCUCUUCCUCUCAGGCUUUGUUGAAUGUUCAUAGUGGCAUUACUAGUCAUGUUGGAUUCAUUUGGCAACAAACUAGAACUCCUUUGGUUGUGCCAUUGCUAAGAAUUAUUUUAUUUGUUUGCUUAGCCUUAUCAUUUAUGUUAUUUGUGGAGAGGCUUUACAUGGGCAUUGUCAUAGCUUUUGUAAAGUUGUUUAGGAGAAAACCAGAGAAGAAGUACAAGUGGGAGCCACUUAAGGGUGAUUUAGAAUUGGGAAAUUAUGCCUAUCCUAUGGUCUUAGUGCAAAUACCAAUGUGCAAUGAAAAAGAGGUGUAUCAAUUGUCCAUUGGAGCUGCCUGUAACCUUUCAUGGCCAGCAAAUAGAAUAUUUAUCCAAGUUCUUGAUGAUUCUACUGACCCUGCAAUUAAGGCUUUGGUAGAGAAAGAAUGCAGGAGAUGGGCAAGCAAAGGAGUUAACAUAAAGUAUGAGAUAAGAGAUAACAGGAAAGGGUACAAAGCUGGGGCUCUCAGAGAAGGAAUGAAGCACAGUUAUGUGAAGCUGUGUAGUCAUGUGGCCAUCUUUGAUGCUGAUUUUCAACCCGAACCCGAUUUCUUGGAGCGCACCAUCCCAUUUCUUGUGCACAACCCUGAAAUCGGACUUGUUCAAGCUCGUUGGGAAUUCGUGAAUGCUGACGAGUGCUUGAUGACAAAAAUGCAAGAAAUGUCAUUUGGUUACCACUUCACAGUAGAGCAAGAAGUUGGAUCUGCUGCCCAUGCAUUUUUUGGCUUCAAUGGCACUGCUGGGGUUUGGAGAAUGGCAGCUCUUAAUGAGGCAGGAGGGUGGAAAGACAGAACAACUGUAGAAGAUAUGGAUCUAGCAGUCCGAGCCGGUCUCAAUGGCUGGAAAUUUGUCUAUGUUGGUGACCUUAAGGUGAAAAAUGAAUUGCCAAGCACCUUUAGGGCCUAUCGUAAUCAGCAACACAGAUGGUCUUGUGGACCUGCUAAUCUUUUCAGAAAAAUGGCAAUGGAGAUUGCAACUAAUAAGAAAGUUUCUGUAUGGAAGAAAUUUUAUCUGAUUUACAGCUUCUUCUUCAUCCGAAAGAUCAUUGCACACGCUGUCACCUUCAUCCUGUAUUGCGUUGUCAUUCCUGCAACGGUUUUCAUCCCCGAAGUCAAAGUUCCUAGAUGGGGAACUAUUUAUAUUCCUACAGCUAUAACUCUUCUCAAUGUACUUGGCUCCGCAAGAUCAAUGCAAUUGGUGGUGUUUUGGAUCUUAUUUGAGAAUGUAAUGUCCCUUCAUCGGACGAAAGCAACGUUCAUUGGCCUAUUUGAGUCAGGAAGAGUCAACGAAUGGAUCGUGACAGAGAAACUUGGAGAUGCUCUUAAGACCAAAAAAGGCUUAAAACCGCCGAAGAAACUUCAUUUUCGUGUUGGAGAAAGGGUACAUGCUCUUGAGCUUUUCGUCGGGUUGUACCUGCUGUUUUGUGGGUGGUACGACUAUUGGUUUGGAAAUAACAGGUUCUAUGUAUACCUCUUCCUACAAGCUAUGGCGUUUUUCGUCGUUGGUUUUGGUUAUGUUGGUGUGUUUGUUCCAAAUUCUUGAUUCGAAUUCGGGACUUCUUCCUUGGUGAAGAUUUUGAUUUAAGUUAUUACUUCGUAAAAUUAUGAAUAGUAGCUUGAAAUUCUUUUAUACAAAUGUGUAUAAGCAGCUAACAGCAUGCUUUGUUUGUAACUUUUCUUUUUUUUGUUCUUUUUAUGCAUCUGUGAAUCAGUAAGGCAUACGAAGUAAAAUGCCAAAAGAUUGUAGUUCCCUUUGUACUAUGUUUGUAGACAUAAUUUUUUGCUAAUUUACAUAUGAAAUUCUGCACCCAAAGGGAAUUCCAACAA